AUGACAAUGAAGACCAUCUGGGUAAUUGGAGGACCUGGCUGUGGAAAAGGAACUCAAUGCAGCAAAAUUAUUGACAAAUUUGGACUACUGCAUCUCAGCAGCGGGGAUUUGUUACGAGAAGAAGUUGCCAGUGGAAGUCCUCGAGGAGCGUCACUACAGGAAUUAAUGUCUAAAGGACUUUUUGUGCCUACGGAUGUAGUGCUGUCAUUGAUUAAAGAGCGGAUGGAUAAAGCGAGGGGAGAUGGAAAUAUUAAGGGAUUUCUUAUUGAUGGAUAUCCUAGGGAAUUGGAACAGGGGAUACAGUUUGAAAAAGAUGUUUGUCCAGUAGACCUAAUAUUAUUUUUUGAUGUAAAAAAUGAAACAAUGAAAACAAGAUUACUGGGACGAGCUGCUGUUUCCGGUCGAGCUGAUGACAACGAGGAAACAAUUGUCAAGAGGAUAGAAAUAUUCAAUGAAAAAAAUAGUAAAAUUGUUGAGCAUUAUAAAGACAAAGUUGUCAAGAUUACCGCUGAAGGUGCAGUGGAGAGUAUUUUUGACGAGGCCUCAAAAGCCCUCGAGCCUUUAUUCUCAUAA